AUGGACAGAGGCAGGGCCCGAUAUCCUAUGGACAGAGACAGGGCACGAUAUCCCAUGGACAGAGCACGAUAUCCCAGAGAAUGUUAUCCCUUGGACAGAGCACGAUAUACCCUUGGACAGAGCAUGAUAUCCCAUGGACAGAGACAGGGCACGAUAUCCCAUGGACAGAGCAUGUUAUCCCUUGGACAGAGCACAAUAUCUCCUCGGUCGCUG